AUGCGUCGCUUGAUGAUACUGAUGAUAACAGCGGUCGCGACGAUCCUCGCGCCGGUCGCCGGGAAUCCCUUCCUCGAUGCUGCGCAAGAGAUGUCCUGCUGCUCGCUGGCUGCUGGAUCCUGUCGGAAUGUGUGCUCCAAGAUAUCCUUGGUAGUCCUGGGUGCCGAGAUCGAAGCGAGGGAAAACGCCACUCAACGUCUGCUGGAGUUUUGUUCCAUGGAGCUGUUCGAUUUUUGGUCCUGCGUGAACACGACGUUAAAAGAGCUCAAGAGAAACGAGAAUUGGAUGGGUCGAGGAUGCUGUCGUCUCGCUCAGAAUCCAACGUGUCGCACGACCUGCGCUCUGUCCGGUUCCACUAACAAUCUGAACGAAUCCUGUCGACCGAGCGACGAACCCGAGUUUUUCUUCUGUCUGGAAAAGCGCGAGGAGGCCGAACAAUGUUGCAGCAACGUUUCCAAUGACACGUGCAGGACUAUUUGCAAGGAUAUUUUUUACAAGCCCGGCAAGCAAUCUAGCUUAAAGUUGUACAGCAGCAAGGGUUGUUUCCAUCAGGUGCCUAAGUGCCUGAAGAACAUAGCCGAGGUGAAGCACGCUGAGGAUCCGAAGCAACAUUUGCACUGUUGCGAGGUAGAUCCGACUCCGGCAUGUCGAGACACGUGUCGCAGGACUCUUCACACCGCGACGACCGAUCAGGAGAUCAUAGAUGCCCUGGCGGAGAAGUGUAGCCCCGUGUUACCGCAGUCGCCGAUGUGGAGUUGCUUGUUGAAAUCGGGCUCGACGAAGCCGACGCGACUACCCUUGGAUGCCGGCAAAUUGGCGUGUUGCACGAAAGCGACAAGGUCGAUUUGUCAAAAUUUAUGCUGGCGUGCCUUUCAGGCAGACUGGGAGACUGCCUGGUUACAACUGGACGCACAGUGCCUCCAAUCCAAUUCAGAGGGUGAACUGAGGAGGUGUCUCGAAGACGCGGACGACUCUUGCGAGAUAGGCUGCUCCGGGUUGUCUUACUGCGCGCGGUUUAAUGACAGACCUACGACUUUGUUCAGAACGUGCACGACUGCGGCCGACGAAGCGGCCAAAUGGGAGGCUGAUCAUUGGUACAGAGGAGGUAUUAUUCGUGGAUUAGGUGUACCUGUGCGCGCCGCAGCUUCCUGCCCGGCGGAGACUCUACGCGCGGCGGCCUGCAUUCUGCAGCUGCGACCUUGCGAGACUAGAAUCCACGAGACGCGACUCUGCCGCGAGGAUUGUUUAGAGCUGAUGGCGAGCUGCGUGGACUGGAGCGCGAUAACCGGACCUCACACAGCGGCCACCUUGUGCGCCAAGCUGUCGCCGGGGAGACCGGACGCACCGUGCGUCUCGUUAGGGCCGUUUCUGGAUGAUCCGCAGAAUGACGAAGCUGUGAUCCAUCCUGACGAGGACAUCACGACGCCCUGCAAGCGGAAUCCUUGCGCGCAGGGCCAGCUCUGCGUGCUCCAACCGAACGGCGCCAAGAUCUAUCACUGCGUGCCGGCUUGUUCCCUCGGCGAGAUGUCGAAGCAAUUGGUACCGGUCGGAUCCUGGAUUCAGAUCCCGCGAUUUGAUCAGCACGGCUGCCUGAAGAUCUGUCAGUGCACGACGCGCGGUUUAGAGAAGUGCCGCACGCUCAAUUGCUUCAACUUCAAAUCCUGCUGGGUGCACGAUCGGUUCAUCCAACACAAGGCCAACUUCUACCUCGAGUGCAAUCCCUGCUACUGCUUCGAAGGCGAGUUCACGUGCUCAAAGAGGAGCUGCGGCGAGCUGCGAACGCCGUCGUUGCCCUGCGACUGUCCGGCUCAUUACGUCCCGGUUUGCGGCAGGCUAGGCUUCACCUUCGCGUCCGCCUGUCUAGCGAAGUGCGCCGAGCUGUCGGCCACCGAGGUGGAAUUCGGCAGCUGCUCCAGCAGGGAUCCCUGCAUGCCCAAUCCCUGUGACAGCUCGGAGAGAUGCGUCCGUAGACCCAGAGUCUGCUUGUCGCGAUUGCACAAGCCGUGCCGGCAAUACGAGUGCGUGCCGAUAGACUGCAAUCCGCGCGACGAGUCCAGCGGACCGGUUUGCGAUCGAGAGAAUCGCCAGUAUCCUUCCGUAUGCGCGAUGAUCCGAGCUGGAGCCACUCUGAGUUACAGAGGGCCUUGUCUAAAAGGAUGCAGUCUUCGGGGUCCAGUGUGCGGCAUCAACGGCGAGGUCUACGUUAACGAAUGCGCGGCUUGGGCCGAGAGGGUCGUCGUGGACUAUCAAGGUCCUUGCGUCGCCGUCGGUCUCAUAGGAGAUCAGGCGAAACCACGCUGCGGCGACGCCGUGCAGUGUCCUGUCUUAGAGGAGCCCUAUUGCGUCGGGAUUACUCCUCCCGGCGCUUGUUGUCCUGUCUGCGGAGGAGCGGCGAAAUUAUUCUACUCGAAGAAACAGCUGGACAGGAUCUACUAUAUGAUGGAUGAGGAAGCUGACAAGGACUCCGUCACUCUAGAGGCUCUCUUGAUCGCUCUAGGUCGUCAGUUGCAAGUGGCGCAAUGCGCUAUUCGGGGCAUGAUGACGCCCGAUAGCGAUAUCUUCAUCGUCGUACAGCCCGUUACCAAGAAGUUAUCGGCACUGCAGUUGCGAGCUUGCGUGACGGAAACGGAGAAGCUCGUCACCAGGAUUUCGGAGAGGAGUCCCCGGAUCGCGGCGGAAGUACCUCUGGGCUCGCUGACCAGAGCCGAGAUAGCCCACGGUUACGUUUCUAGUGCCAUGAAAAUUCGUGCUUGGCUCGCGAUGGUUUUCGUUACAAUCUUCUUGCUAAACGUUUUAUCUUGAAUUACGAUCACGCUAAAAGGAAAAUAAGAUACAUCGCUUGUCUUCUAUCCAGUCCAAAGUAUUUAAAAAUUUUAAUUUUUACAUUUUAAUUUUAAAUGACCGCGUAAAAUGUCCGAGAUUUAUUAUCGUCAAAGGAUAGUUGCAGCUAUGAGCGAUUAAUCUUUUUUUCUGCUUCGGCGUUGAAAGCGUUUCUUUACCUAAUCGCGAUGCCAUUCGCGGCGACGAAUGUCUACAGCGUGUCUCGUGUCUGUGAUUCUUCUAGUGCCUUCUAAUAGCGUACAGCAGAAUGUAUUUUUAGUUAACAAUUAAUACUGCCAAAGAGGAAAGAGUAUAUAAUGAGAGUGUAUGUACAAAAAUAUAGAUUUCCUGCGUGCGUAAUUCGUCGCAGAUAAUCGAGAGCUGCUCAUUAUAAAUUAUAAAUAAAAAAAGACUCCAUAAACUUAAGUUAUAUACAUAUAUCAGAUCGCAUAUUGAUUGACAUUAGUAUAACGUGUGUUCACAUAUGUGAUUUUUAUGCAAAAGCCCGAAGCGUCCAUUCAAAGAAAUAAAUCUUAUUCUCUCUUUUGUUAUUAAUUUUUUGUCGAUUGGAAAAAUUAGCCUAGGAUUUUUUUAAGAAUUUUUUUUAAGCUAUGAAUGUACGAUUUUUCUGGCGUAUGCUGCGCAGGUGCGGUUUUACGCUGCUGAGCGUUCGUUCGACUUUUUAUUUCGUACAGAUAAAUGAGUACAAUAGAAUUCAUUAAGAGGACAAUAUGUGGGUGCUCGCAUUUUAUUUAUAAAUAUGCGAAAACUUGGAUUGCCUGCCGUGGUUUGUGCCAAUGAUAAAUAAUGCUCUCACAGUCGUUAAGUAUAUUUUGUUAUUGUACUGUUUGUUAAGCACGUUAUUUGCAUGUAUAAUAAAUUUCUAAACUUUUACACACA